UGAUGUGCUUGGCUGGUAGCUUCUAGUAGCAUCCGUAGCUAGUGACAGCUCAGCAGCUCUGACUGAUGUCCUUCGCGGCUUCGGCGAGGAUUCCGGCUGCUGUCCACAUGAUCAAGACGUACUGCGAGUUUGAAUGGAAAAAAUAGAACUCGACGCCUUCAUUCUGAUCGAGUUGCACCACUGCUUUCCUGGUUUGAGACUGACGAUGCACAGGAACCCGCCAUCAUGUGCUCGACCUAGGCUAUGGGGAACAGCUUGGGAGGGAUGGAAGAACCGACCUGCCGGUGUGGUUACCACCAAGUAGACCAGUCAGCGACAGAACCGAGCUAUCGGUUUAGUCUUGCCGCUUUCCCACAAGAACAUUACUCAUUAGCUCCGCCACUAGAUAUCGCUUGGACUUUCCUUGCAACAACUCCGGAGCUGAUUCAACCGACAACGAGGACUCCCCAACGCCGAUCGAAGCAUAUGCGCGCUGUGGAAACUGGUCUCGUAAAAAAUGUUCGCACGGCACAAGGAGUGGAACUGAGCAAUCGGCGUGUUACAACACCACGAAGUCGGCAAAACCGUGCCCUGGUCGAUCUAUCGUGACCAUGCGACCACUGAGUCUAAAUUUCGAGGGGCUGGCGUUGACGUUGGUGUUCAGUGUGGCCUUGUGUGGAACCUUACCGAGGGUUUCAUCGGAAGGUGUUCACGAGGUUUGCGCUCAUUCCCAGGCUCUGCUAGUCAGCGAUGCAGUGUCCGCACACGCACACCUUACGUCGCUCUCGCAUUCCAGAAUCCGCCGCGUCGGCUCACGGGAAGCCGUGGCGUACACGGCGCGUCACGCACUGUUUAACUACACAGGAGUGCCGCCGGAUGCGUGGGUAGCGUCUUGUUUACACUACAAGGGACGGCCGCAGUUUCUUCAGAUCACACUGCCACAGCCGCGCGUAAUUGUGGCCAUCGGCACGCGCGGCUGCGAGUUCCUGAAGUGUUGGGUGACAUCUUACAAAAUGUCUUUUGUACCGACCCAGACUAAAGUUGACUUGGCUACUAAACUGUCCAUGAGGAAAACCAGUGCCUUCACAGCACUGUUGUCGGCUAAUGGCAGUACUGCAUUCGCAGGCAACCUGGACAGCAGCACUCUCGCAGUGCGCAGGUUUGAGCGUGGCGUGUUUGCUAAGAUCCUGCGUAUCUACCCGAAGACCGUCAGCAGCAAGCUGAUCUGCUUGCGCUUGGAGCUGUACGGGUGCGUGCCGGAUCCAGGUCACUCACCAGAGCCCUCUGCCUCUUUGGCAAGACCACAGAGCUCUAGCCACAGCGUACAACCUAUAGCCACGCGUCACCCAGACACCACAGCUACGUGGGUCCAGUCCGAGAGAACUCAAACAACCCCCAGCAUUAUAGUCGAUAUUCCUCCGUACACGAGUGCGCCUACUGUCGUAGAGCCAGUUACUACUGCUGCAGAGCUUCCCUUCGUCAAGACUGAUGCAUCCCUCGCUGAGCCUCAAGGUGUGGAACAAGCGGACGCUCAAUCUAAGGAAGUGCCUUACAUGGUGAUUGCGGCGUUCAGCAGCUGCGCAGCAUUCGUCCUUUGUGCAGUGAUGGUGGCGUUAUUGGUGCAAGUACGUCGUGCGGUGCAACUCGGCUCUUGCAUGUCUCCAUCACAGGCAUCUGGCAGCCCCCUGCAAAGUGAUCGCGCUGUUUCAGGGUUCUUAGCACGACCAAAGGAGCCUAGCUCAAAGGACUCUGAGAAUGUGUACGCUGACCCAGCCAUGUCCAGGACAGUACUGGCUGCUGCAAGCAAUGGUGGCGAUGACAAUGCUGAUGACUACAUGACUGUUAGACCACGUGCGUUGACAGAGUAUGCGAGUAUGGGCAUGGCGUCAGCGCAGCGUGUCAUCACGUCCGUACAGCCGGGCGUACACGACGAGCAUGCAGCCUGGCGAAAAGCCAGCAUCCGUCAGGUAACAGCUAUGCACUGCCUACAGCAGGCACAUACGGCUCAGCGACACUGCGGAUCACGGCAGAUGGACGACAGUGCCCUCUCCAGCAGCGGUGAUGAGAGUGGGGAAGAUAUUGGCAAUGAGAAUUCACAUCUCCCUCCGAACUGAUUUCACACUUCCCUGACACUGUCCUCUUAUGAUAAUCUGACGAGGUCUCCUUUUCACCAAGUUGUCUUCAGAGUUUUGAGUUAUAACAUUCAUCUCGGUGUCACAUUGGUGUUUAACACAAAAUGUCACUUUCACUGAGCAUGCCCAAGUCAGUUAGCUACAGUGCUGAAACUAGCAUUGCAACUCUUCAUUACUAGUACUCUUUGGCACAUUGACAUCUUUCGUUAGACAGGAAAACAUGUCAAAACUGUCUAAAAAGAAAAGGUCGGGGACACUGGAAUUUUCAUUGGUUUGAGGGAAAGAACAUUCAAGCGAUGCUGGCGCGGAUGCC